UCCUCUGCUCCAUCAGUCGCGCCGACCGGCGAGUGCCAAGACUCUCUCACCUGCACUGGAGUUGGCAAUUUCGCCAAGUGCAUCACAUGCCAGCCCGAAUAUUUCCACUGCUCAGCCGCAGGACAGCCUGGAGUCAGCCAGGCGUGUUCGGGCGACCUAGUGUUCAACCCGGUCCCCAGUUUCCCGUACUGCGUUUUGCCUUCGAACUGCCCUUACACGCCACCGCUGUAGGACGGAUCCCGCGUCUCUUUGCUGACCUUUUGUUCUUGGACAUGGAAAGCCUUUGGGAAGUACUCGACAUAACAAAUAAAAAAGAAAAUUGUUGAUUAUCAGAUAUGAAAACAAUUUAAUAAUUAAAGUUGAUUUACCACGUAAUUUUGUAACAAUUAUUUAAACUGAAAUAAACAUAGCACAUCC